UCAACGUGCGUAUGUAGAACGAAAACGAUAAACGUCGUACGGAGAGUGAGCAAAACAAACCAGCUGAGUGACCCAAAACAUAAUUGUGAUAGGUAGAAAGAUUGCCAUCUAUUUCUCCGAUUUACUAAAGUUUUACUAUUCAAAAUGACAUCAAUGAUCAACAUAACUCAGCUUCUUCAGGCUGCAGAGUUUUUAGAGAGACGCGAAAAGGAACAUGGAUAUGCUUCCACUUUACCUCAUAAUCAUCAUGAAAAUAUUAAAAGAAAAAUGAAGUCUAAGCGAAAUCAUAAUAGCAGCCGUUCAACUCAUAAUGAAUUGGAGAAGAACAGGCGAGCACAUUUGCGAACAUGUCUUGAAAAACUGAAAGAAAUUGUUCCACUGCAAUCAGAAUCAUCAAGACACACUACUUUAGGUCUUCUAACUAAUGCCAAGGCAUUUAUUCACGAUUUAGAAGAAGAGGACAAAUAUCUUAUCUCAGCAAAAGAGCAGCUAAAGCAGAAACAGAACCAUUUGAUGAAGAGAAUUGGUAAAUUUAAUGACAGUGAAUCACUUAUAAGAAAACCGAGGCAGGAUAGUACUGGCAGUUGUGGAUCCUCUUCUAGUGACUCUGAAAAAGAUGACAUUGAUGUGAUUGGAUACAACAGUGACAGUGAUGACCAAAUGAGCGGAUCAGAUGGAGGAUUAUCUGUUAAUACAUCAACAGAGUUGAGACUGGUACAGCAUUUGUCAUGAUGCCCGCUACUAUAUAUUUAGCAAGAAAUAUUUUUUAAUACAAAUAUCAAAUCAGUUGGUGAGCAACCAUUAUACAAAAAAGGACUGUGAAAUAACAAUGGUCAUCCAUCAGUAUUAUUGAACAAUCAAUUUGCAUAGCUUCCUUUUUUGUUACUUAGUGCCUUUAAUUCCCUUGAAUAAAUUCUAGAUGAUGCAGUUUGUCUAAAUCAUAUGUUAAAAUAUGAAAAAGCACCAAGAAGUAUACUUAAAAAAAUAUACAAUCCUACUCAUAUUAUGAGAUUUGCCAUUCCAAAACCAGCAAAACUGUCGCUAAUUGUUAAACUGAGUAAUUGGCAUAAGAAUGUGGCUGUAUUGUAUACUUUUGUACAAUACAUAUAUUUGAGUGAAAAACGCCAACCAUAUUCCGUAUAAUUCACUGGUUAAUUCACUGGUUGGUUCAGCGGGUGGUCGAAAGUUCGAGGACUGUGGACAAAACAUUUGAAAAAACAAUUAAGGUUUAUUUAUUAUUACCCCGGCUCCAUGGUCAUCUCAUACAAGAUAUUUUACCCAGCAAUUUGAUGAUCAAAAUUGUGGCGGAUAAUUGUCCAAACGGUUUAUGUACCAAUGAAUUAACUAAUAAAUUGCAUAGAUAUUUUUUUAGCUUGAACAGGCCCACAGAAGCAUAAUACUUUUACUCUUAACUUUGGAAAUGCUGUAGUAAGUGAAUUCCAGUCAAAGACCCAUCAUUUUAAAGCUUACAGUGUGAAGAUUAUGAAAAGGUCAAUUUUCAUUUUUUUGGUCACGAAUGCUGGUUUUGAGAUGGCAAGCCUCAUAUAUUUUAUGUUUUUAUGUUGUUUGAGUAUUUGUGCAUAUAUAUAUAUAUAUAUAUAUAUAUAUAUAUAUAUAUAUAUAAUCAAUUUGGUAAAUGAUAGAAAAAAAUUGCUCAAAUUUAGGAAAUGAUGUAAUAACAUAUCGGGCAUAUGAUAUGAUCAUCAGUUGCAUAGUGGAGAAGAAAAAAAUAUUUAUCAGUUUUCAGGUGUGGGGGUCGUCAAGCGUUACAUGUCCAGUAAGGUCAUUUGGUUACUAUUAUUUGCAUCCCCUACCUGCUACACAUUAGGGGCGGAUCCAGAGUUUACACAAGUACAGUACAACUGCAUUCUCUCUGUGCGUUAAUAUUUUCUAAGGUCUACGUUGGCCUAGUAAUACUAUUAUUAUUUUUAUUCUUUAUUGACCACAAAGUCCAACAUAAGAACUCGAUAACAUAAAUAAAUACAUUUUUUAUUUUUUUUUACAUUUGGGAAAU